UUUGGAGGUGGCGGCGGUGGAAAAGGAGGUGGUGGAGGUGGAGGAGGCGGAAAAGGAGGAUUUGGUGGUGGUGGUUAUGGAGGCGGUGGUGGAAAAGGAGGAGGAGGAGGAUAUGGAGGACUUGGAGGAGGAGGAGGCGGUGGUAAAGGAGGUGGUUACGAUAUACUUGCACUCCUUGGAGGUGGGGGUGGUGGAAAAGGAGGCUUAGGAGGUGGAGGUGGAGGAAAAGGUGGUUUUGGUGGUGGUGGUUAUGGAGGCGGCGGUGGAAAAGGAGGAGGAGGAGGAGGCGGCGGCGGUGGUAAAGGAGGUGGUUACGAUAUACUUGAACUCUUUGGAGGUGGCGGUGGUGGAAAAGGAGGAGGUGGAGGUGGAGGAAAAGGUGGUUUUGGUGGUGGUGGAUAUGGAGGCGGCGGUGGAAAAGGAGGAGGAGGCGGCGGUGGUAAAGGAGGUGGUUACGAUAUACUUGAACUCUUUGGAGGUGGCGGUGGUGGAAAAGGAGGAGGUGGAGGUGGAGGAAAAGGUGGUUUUGGUGGUGGUGGAUAUGGAGGCGGUGGUGGAUAUGGAGGAGGUGGUGGAAAAGGAGGAGGAGGCGGCGGUGGUAAAGGAGGUGGUUACGAUAUACUUGCACUCCUUGGAGGUGGGGGUGGUGGAAAAGGAGGAGGUGGAGGUGGAGGAAAAGGUGGUUUUGGUGGUGGUGGAUAUGGAGGCGGCGGUGGAAAAGGAGGAGGAGGCGGCGGUGGUAAAGGAGGUGGUUACGAUAUACUUGAACUUUUUGGAGGUGGAGGCGGUGGAAAAGGAGGUGGUGGAGGUGGAGGAGGCGGAAAAGGAGGAUUCGGUGGUGGUGGUUAUGGAGGCGGCGGAGGUGGCGGCUAUGGUGGACUUGAACUUGGUGGACACGGAGGUGGUUACGGAGGAGGAGGCGGUGGAGGAAAAGGAGGUGGCGGCGGCGGCGGCGGCUACGGUGGAAUUGGACUUGGAGGGCAUGGAGGAAUGGGAGGUGGUUUCGGCGGUGGUGGUAAAGGAGGAGGUGGAGGUGGUUAUGGUGGAAUUGAUAUUGGUGGAUAUGGAAGUUUAGGAGGUGGAUAUGGUGGCGGAGGAGGUAAAGGAGGAGGAGGUGGCGGAGGAUACGGAGGAUUUGGAGGUGGUGGUAAAGGAGGUGGUGGUGGCGGUUUAUCCAAGGAAAUUAUUCUUGUGGAUCUAGGUGGAUUUGGAGGUAAAGGAGGUGGCGGUGGAGGCGGAUACAGUGGACUUGGAGGUGGUUACGGAGGAGGUGGUGGAGGUGGAAAAGGAGGAUACUGA